AUGACUACGAUUGAAGUGGGUGGUUUAAGCGAAACGCUACCUGCGAGACUGAGUAAAUAUUCGGAUGCAUUCAAAAAAGCGGAAAGUGCAAUGAAAUUAUUGUUGGAUUUGUGUGCAAGUCCUAGUUUUGAGACAAGGGAAGGUUGGAAAAAUUCGUAUGAAAAAAACGGCGAAAAGGUCUACUCCAAACAGUUUGAAAUAGGAAAAAUAUUUACUUUAAGGAUAAUUUUCAAUGAAACAAUUCAAAACUUAUUCUAUGAUCACUGGGAAAAGAUUACAACAACGCCACUGUGGAAUCCUAAUUUUGCGUAUAUGGAGAGGAUUGAAAAAUUAACUUCUCACUGUGAUAUUCUGAAGUACGCAACAACAGAUAUAAUGUUCAUAAAGGGCCGUGAAUUCUUGGCAUGUCGAUUAUAUCGGAAAAUUGGAUCUACAAUUUAUGUAGCUGCAAAAAGUUUUGAAAUCGAUGAAAUACCUAAAGUGAACAGCAAAGUACGUGCUGAGAUGUUGCUUGGUGCCGGACGAUUUUCACCGCAUCCACCAGAUCCACAGAAAACACUUAUCGAUUAUGCACUCUGUGUGAAUCCAAAAAUUAGUUUACCUCAGCGCCUCAUCGAUACUUGCAUUGCAUAUAUGUUACAUCGUGAUUCAAUGUUUGCUCGGAAAAAAGCACAAAAGUUGCGAAAAACCAACCACUCACAGGAAGCUAUGAAGACGUCAAAUACACUUGAAGAUUAA